AUGCCAACCGUGGGUUUGAUAGAGCUUUGCGAGCGCGGGCUCAAGGCAGGUCUGGUGGGCAACUACAGGGUGCAGGUCGAAACAAAACACGAUACUGAUUUGUGGGACGAAAAUUGCGGUCUUUGGGAUGACAAAAAAGUAUCCAUGUUCGUGUCAACCCUGCAUUUUCUGUGCAUAGACACUCUGGAUCAGCUGCUCGUUACAGCGACGAAAACCCAGAUAGUGAUCAUAGAACCGCCCCUUUUGCCCUACCUAAUCAAGCAAUGGCUCGCUCAGAUCUUGCUAGAAGAUAUACGCGUCUUGUCGCUGGCGUUUCUGCCGCUGUCGGUGUGCACGGUGGUCGGGGCGGGGAAAAAACACGGGCUGGUUGGACUGGAGCUGCAUGGACAAGCCUGUUUUGUGCCUGUUUACGAAUACCGGGAAUUGACUCCGCAUAUUGGCAUGGCUAGCAUCAACGAGGCCGACGUCGACGACGACGAAAUGCCCAUCGAGACGCUGUCCGAAAAGUCUAUCAGGCAAUUGACCUAUGACAUAAGAAAGUCUAUGCAGAUUAUUAAUGUGGACUUGCUGGCGGCCGACAGAGCCCCCCCGAACACAGCGUUCAUUGGCGGCCACAUUAUUGUCGAGAACUCGACCGUCCGCAACGUGCUGUCCCGCAAAAAGUACCUGAAUCGCGAGCAGGGAGUCUACGACUCGCUGUUUGCCUAG